AUGGCUCGGAAUGAAAUAUGGGUGUUAGUUUGGAUGUAUCUGGUGUCGACGACGGCCGAGGGACCGCGGUGUCCGCCGGGAGCCGCCGACGACCAGUGUCGGGAAGACGGCUCCGCUGCAGAUGAAUACUUCUUCUACGUCAAUGGUGCUAAACUACGAUUAAUCUACGGACAGACGUAUUACCACUUCACUUGCCUGGACAACGUCACCCUGGAAUACGAAUGGCUCCCGCGGUUCGAGAGAGCGGUGAACGUGUCGAAGGCGUGGCUGACGGCGUGCGCGCCCCCGCCGCGCGGCUACGCGGCCGGCCUGCGCGCGCUGGGCGUGGCGCCGCGCGCGCUGGAGCUGGCGCGGCCGCCGGCCGGCGCGCUCGCCGCCGCCGCGCUGCGCGGCCUGGCGCUGCGCGAGCUGGGCGUGGCCGCGCGCGCGCCGCUGCGCGCCGAGCCCGCCUUCCUCGCGCCGCUCGCCGGCCUGAGCGUGCUGCGCCUGGCCAACGUGUCGCUGCCGCGCGAGGCGGCGCUGCUGCUGCCGCCCGCGCUGCGCUCGCUGAGCCUGGUCGACGUCGGCGUCGCGGCGCUCCCCGCCGAGGCGUUCGGGCGCCUCCCCGCGCUGACGCACCUCGUCCUGAGCGAUCCCCUCGUUCGCGAGCUCGACCUGCGCGAGGCGACGGCGCUCCGAUUCGCCUCGCUGAGUGCGCCCCUCGCCGGGGUGACGCUGGGUCCCUCCGUCGUCAACGUGACAUUGCGCGGGGUGCGCGGCGUCGCUCUGCUCGGCGACUGCUCGUCGCUGCGGAGGGUCGUCGUGGAGGGCUUCGAGGAGCCGCCGCCGGCGCGCUGGCUGGCGGCGUGCCCGGCGCUGCGCGAGCUGAGCGUGCGCUGCGGGCGCGCCGGCGCGCUGGGCGCGGGCGCGCUGGCCGGCGCGCGUGCGCUGCGGGAGCUCGCCGUGAGCCGCUGCGGGCUGCGCGAGCUGCCGCCGCAGUGGCUCGCCGAGGCGCCGGCGCUGGAGGCGCUCGACCUCUCCGACAACGAGCUGCGCCUGCUGCCGAGCGAGCUGGCGGGCGCGACGGCGCUGCGGCGCGUGCGGCUGGCGGGCAACCGGCUGGAGGCCGAGGCGCUGCGGGUGCUGGCGGCGCUGCCGGCGCUGCAGGACCUGGAGCUGGAGCGGAACCCGCUGGGAGACCUCUGCGGCUCCGGCGAUGUCGUCGCUAAUGCGCUGUCCCCGCUGUGGCGCGCGCGCGGCCUGCGCUCGCUGAGCCUGGCGCGCACCAACGUGUCGCGCGUGUGCCGCGACUGGCGCGCCGACCUGCCGCGGCUGGCCGCGCUCGACCUGCGCCACAACCGCGUGCCGCUGCUGCAGUUCGACGACCUGCAGUGGCGGCGCGACGUGGCGACGCGCGUGGACCUGCGCGGCAAUCCGCUGCAAGACGUGCACUACUCGCGCGAGCAGUUCCAGGCCGUGCUCGCCGGGAACCUGUCCUCCGAGUUCGCCUCGUCGCCGUUGACGACGCUGGUGCUGGACGCGCUGCAGUGCGAGUGCGGCUCGUACUGGUUCGCGCGCGCGGUGCGGGAGCGGCCGCGGCACGCGCGCGCGGCGCUGCGCGGCGCGCACUGCACGGCGCUGGGCGCGGCGCUGGAGGCCGUGGAGCCGCGCCGCCUCACGUGCGCGCUGCCGCCGCGCGCCGGCUGCCCGGCCGGCUGCGCGUGCCGCGUCACCGGCGAGCACGCGCGCCUGGCGUGCGAGCGCGCCGGCCUGCGCCGCGUGCCGCGCGCGCCGCCCGGCCUGCCCGCGCGCGAGCUGCUGCUGGCGCACAACUACAUCGCCGACGUCACGCUCGACGACUUCACGCCCGACUUGGAGGUGCGUGUCGAGCGCUUCGAACGCACAGUCGGAUACGACACGUCGACGAUGAAUAUACUCGACCUCUCCGACAACCUCAUCUCGAGCGUGGACGCCGCGACCGCGGCGGCGCUGUUCGAGGCGGGGCGCAGCGUGCGGCUCGACGGCAACCCGCUGCGCUGCGACUGCGACGCGCUGCCGCUGCUGCGCGCGCUGGACGGGGGCGCGGCGGGGCGGCCGGGGCGCGAGGGGCGGCCGGGGCGCGAGGGGCGGCCGGGGCGCGCGGUGUGGCCGGGGCGCGCCGCGUGCCGGGGCGCGGACCUGGAGCGCGACUGUGCGCCCGCGCUGUGGCCCUACGCGCUGGCGGCGCUGGCGCUGGCCGCCGCGUCCGCGGUGGCGGCCGGCUGCCUGGUGCGGCCCGCGGCGCGCCAGUGGCUCAAGAAAUUCCUGCUGGAGCGCGGGCUGUGCCUGCGCUGGGUGCUGCGGCCGCUGCGCGAGGACGACGACGAGCGGCGGCCGUACGACGCCUUCGUGUCGUUCUCGCACCACGACGAGCGGUUCGCGGCGGAGCUGGCGCGGCGCCUGGAGGCGGGCGCGGCGCGGCGCCUGUGCCUGCACUCGCGCGACUGGCGGCCCGGCGACUGGAUCCCGGCGCAGAUCGCGCGCUCCGUGCGCCGCUCGCGCCGCACGCUGGUGCUGCUGUCGGAGCGCUUCCUGCGCUCGGCGUGGGCGCGCGCCGAGCUGCGCGAGGCGCUGGGCGCGGCGCUGCGCGAGGCGCGCCCGCGCCUGCUGCUGGUGCUGCUGCCGGGGCUCAGCGCCGCGCGCGCCGCCGCCGCCGACCCGCAGCUGCGCGCCUACCUCGCCGCCGUCACCUACCUGCGCUGGGACGACCCGCUCUUCUGGGACAAGCUGCUGCUGGCGAUGCCCGAGCCGCGCGCCCCGGGGACGGCCGGGACUCCCGCGCCCCUGCCGUUGCCGCCCCUGCCGCCCCUCCCGCCCCUCGCCGCGCCCGCGCCGCCGCCCUGUGCCUGA